UGAGUGGAUUAUUAGCAACCUUCUCCCUGGCGGCUACCAUCAUCGGGGCUGCUGGUAGUGAGGCCCUAGAUCAUGUAGAUGUUUGCCUCCCACGCACAUCCAAAGCCAAUUGUAACAAAUCGCCACCUCCAUUCGAUGUUAAGAGACUGUCAUGUUGUGACUCUUGUCCUCCACAACCUGUUCUGAAUGAGGGUUUGAUAUUAGGCGGAGCCAUCCCUGCAAUUGUUUUAAUAUUCUCAUCACUUAUCAUCUGUUUUGUGCUUAGUAAAAAGAGGAUUCUCUGGACUGUCAUCAAUUCCUCUUGUGCUCAACUUGCUCUGUUGAUUUUCUUUGUGUCGAACGUUUUUCACCCGACGAAUUUUGCCCUUAACUUUCUCGUCGACUGGUUGCUGGUUGCCUCGUGGUCUUCGCUCCUGGUUGAGGCCAUCGCCACAUGUCUUUUGAUCAGGGACAAACCGAUGUCCAUCAAGCUAGGGUCGUUGUUGGUUGGACUGUGCUGCUGGGGUGUUCCUCUUUUGAAGAGUAUUAUAGAAUUUGCAGUACUUGCAGAAGAUGUCACAUCACCAUGCAAAGGGUACUUCCUGGUUGCUGUCUAUGACAUCCAUGUGACUAAUAUCGUCUUCAUCGCAGCUUUGUUAUUUGCUAUCAACGUCACGAACGUGGUGGCUAUAUGCUUUCUUCGAGGAGAAAGCACCAAGAAAAAUAAGACAGGGCGAUGCGAUGCUUGGCGAAGGAUCUCUCAAUGCCUUGCGACGUCCGCUUGCUUCUGUGGGUGGGUCAUCGCCCUUCUUGCCGUUGGCCUCAGUUCGCCUUUCGACGUCGUCUUCAUCGUCUUCAGCCUCCUCCAGGGUGCCGUCGUCCUAGGUUUCUGCAUUUACAUUUACAUCGUGUGUAAACCAAAUGACGAAUGCGAUUCUCCACAACCACGGUCUUCGAGUGUUAGCCCCUCGGCCGAAUUUGACGGAGAUGAGAAGAAAAGCGCAAAGCCCACCGAAACGAUUCCUUUUAAAGAAACCGGUGGUGGAGCUUAUGCUAAUGAGGGUAUAGCGUCACCACCCCCAAAACCCGUAUAGAUCCCUCGAAUGUAUUGCUCGGUAAAGUAAUUAUUCACUAGUUUGAAACGCAUUUUGUUUGAUAGGACGAUUGUUUUCAGAUUCAUGGACGUAUGCAUCAGUGGGGGUGGAGGGGAGGGGGAGGGGUUCUAUUGAAUCUCCAAGAAAUUCCACCCAAAUCCUCCAGAUACCGGGCUGUUUUCAAGUCAACACCGCUUACAUACACAUGACUAUGCAUAUGCAUGUCCCCCGGGGCCGUUUCAUAAAGCUGUCCAUAAGUCAGUGACUUUAAGAACGAAUGGUGAUCCUUACAAUGAACAUUUUGGGGUAUACGAUUUACAACAAGAAAGGAUCACCAGCCGUUCUUAAAGUCACUCUUAACUAACGAACAGCUUUUUGAAACGUCGACCUUGAUAUAGACUACAAAUCAAUACGAUUUACAUGUUUACUGUGCUUGAAUGAUCGAGUCAUGUGAUUCUGACAGGCAACGUGCAAAAUACCUUUCAAUGCCAUAAAUAUUUCAACUUUUGAUAUUCGAUCUUUGUUUUAUGACUAUUCGUUGGAUUUAUCUAAACAUGAUACCCAAACUUUGUACUUCGUAUGUAUAUAUUGUUUACUUUAUUAUAUUAUAGCUUCAUAGGUAUUCAUGCAUUUGACCACGUUUGAUUCUUCAAGCAGUGGCAGAUUCACCAUCCCUAAUAACAUUGAAUGGAAUUGAUGUAAGGCAAUUAUGAUGUGAUCAUUUAGAUGGGCUUGCCUCUUGUCAAAACCCACUGACGCCUACCCGGCUCAAUAAUCCAACAUAGAUCCUGCAAGAACGACUCCAUCAAUACUCCUCACGAGGUGGUUUCAAACCGCCUCGAUCACAAUAAUCCCCGUUAAAUUACGAGAACUUUUUUAGGCUGAAAAAUACCCAUUAAUUAUUCCUGCAUUCACACCGCCCUGAAACAUACCCUUCGGGAUAAGUUCCUGAAGUUACGAGCAUGCGCAGUAUGGUCUGAUAAGCAGCAAGGCGCGAAAUUCAAAAUCACUAGCCCAGCAGCAACCCAUGCACGGCGCCGCACCCAACGACACGCUGGGCUAAAAGUUCCCGUAAUUUGCUUUCAGACCGCCAAAAUACCCACGACCUUGGAAAAAUCCCCGCGAAAGUUCUCGUAAUUUCGCCAAGUACCUACUAUUUAUCGGGUAUUUUCUUUCGGGGAUAUUACGCGUAGUUUGCUUUCACACCGCCAAAAUACCUGGUAUUUUCUGAUCGGGGUAAAUUUCCCGAUCAGAGAAUACCUGGAACUGGCGAACUUCGAGGCGGUCUGAAACCACCUACGGGGAUUUUAUAGAGUAAUAGUUUUCACGGAAUUUUCCAAUUGAAAAUCUGGGCAGAAUCUGCAAUAUUCAGAGUUUAGAUGAAUGCCCGACAAAAAUUAUUAUUAUUAUUAUUACUAUUAUUAUUCUUUGGGAGGAGGCCAAGUGCAUUUUCAUUUCAGAUCCACCAUGUUUAGCUAUGUUUUACAUGUAUUUCCAAAGAUCCAUGGAACACGAUCCUUGUUUCGCCAGUUUCAUAGCCAACAUUUAAAAGGCUCCGGAGGGAAGGGGAAAAAAGAUCCUGCCCGGCGAUUGGUUGAUUCUAUUUACUUUUCGAAGUUACACACAGAUUCAAAAUUGAAUAGCAUCUAUCCGGAAGCAAUUGUCCUGCUUUUGAAAGUCGUGUGCGUGUUUUAUUUUUCGUGCCACCGCACAGUGGGCCAGAAUGAGUUGAAAGUGCGCCAAAAUUAUAUUCCGUGUUAUAUUUUUACUUUAACAUGUUGAUUAGGGGUAAUUUUGGGCGUAGAAUCGACUGAACAUAAUUUAAAGCCGAUAUGACGUCACUUUGAUACCAAAUUUUGAUUGGCUACUUAAAACCUAUAUGUGAAAAGACAAAUUACGCUAAACAAUGUGCAGUAUAAACUUUGUGUUAUAUGUUACUUUAAGAUUGACCAGAGAUUGAAUGUUGGUUUAUGUUUCUCACAUGCCUAAAAAGUGUGUAUGAGAUCCUGAAAAUAAUUUUAUGGCAUCAAAAUGAUCAUUAGAUU